GAUGGCGUAGUUUAGGGAGCGACGCGGAAGACGCGACGAAAGCGAUUGGCGCGCCGAGGCCCACAACACGCGCUGCGUCCUCGUUACCCGCGUCAUCCUCUGCAGGAAGGAACCAGCCAUUGUAUACCACAGCCGAGCCAACACCCUUACGAAGAGCAACUGCAAGUAUACCGACGCAUUUACUCGAGAGAUACGGAAUGUUGAGGCAAGAAGUGCGACCCACUCUUGGGCAGGAACGAGCGUUUGAGAGUCUCACCGCCCGAGCCGUGUUGGCAUCGAGCGACAACGACGAUGAUUUUCUCUAAACCUCCUCGUUUUCGCGCAUAACACACGUCAAUAUCCUUCUACAGGUCCACAAUGCCUUCGCGAUCGCUGUGGAUUACUGUAACAGCUAUCGUCGUGGCCGUAGCAUCGAUCACGAAGGGCACCUACCUGAACUCGCUUCUCUCUGGGCUCGGCCUAACUACAUGCCCUUCAUCGUGUCGAUCAAACAUCGCGAAAUCGCGAUCCAACUAUCUUGGCGAUGACUGCGUCGACAAGCCCUACGGUUCGAGCUGGGAUAGUUGGUUUCAUCCUCACCGAAGCGAUGGCGCGGAGACCGACCACGGCCUCGGUGCCGGAGCUGUAACAAAAGCUUGGAACAUCUUGUACCAUCUCGGCGGGAACGGGCCAUGGGUGGAAAAGAUCAUCGAUAUCGUUGACGGAGGUGUUGCUCCGCCAGAGGGGUGCGACGUGGUGCAAGUUCAUAUGAUGUCCAGGCAUGCUGAGCGGUAUCCUACCAAGAAAGCGGGUAGAAAGCAGAAAGCAGUCGUUCAGCGCAUGAAAGACAGUAACAAGACUUUCGAGGGCAAUCUGGCGUUCUUCCUUGAUUGGGAGCUCUUCUGGUCUUCAGACGAUACCCAGCUGGAGCAGUUGACAACUACUGGGCCUUUCGCGGGUAUACUUUCCUCUUUCACCACCGGCGUUCGUCUGCGCACGCGUUACCAGCCUCUUCUGGAACAAGCCACUUUCACCCCCUCAAACAAGCCUACUACAUUCUGGGCCAGCGACUCCAAUCGAGUCAUCGACACGGCUAAGCACUUCGCUGCAGGCUUCUUCGGCAUCGACUACAAUACUACCAACACAGCUGACCUCCAGGUGAUAUCUGAACAUUUUUCGGUUGGUGCAGAUACGUUGACGCCUGGACGAACAUGCCUGGCCAACAAGAAAGACAGGAUGGAAGGUCAACAGAAAGGCUAUCGUCUGAUGCAUGAGUAUCGGGCCACGUACAUGCCGUCCAUUCGCGAACGAUUACUAAAUCAGACGGGUAUGACGUUUGACAAUCACGAGAUUUACGCAAUGCAGGAGAUGUGCGGUUUCGAGACGACAGUACGCGGUCGCAGCGACUGGUGUGAUGUUUUCACUCGAGAGGAGUUCCUCUGCUUCGAGUAUGCACGAGAUAUCCUGCAUUAUUAUCGCGCAGGACCAGGCCAAAAGUAUGCGACAAGUAUGGGUUGGCUGUGGCUCAAUGCUACGACGAAUUUGCUUCUUGAGGGUCCGGGCGCUGGCCCUUUGUUCUUCAGCUUUGUCCAUGACGGUGAUAUCGCCCCCAUGAUCACUAGCCUUGAUGUUAUCAAUGACCGUGAACACCUCCCGAUCACUCACAUCGCCCACGAUCGGAAGUGGCGAAAGUCUCAGGUGUCACCCAUGGGCGGACGAAUUAUCCUCGAACUACUGUCUUGCAACACAGAAUUUCCAUCGUCACCAGAAAAAUUCGUCAGACUCAACAUCAACGAUGGCAUUACCGCUAUACCGGGCUGCGACAGUGGUCCCGGGAAGAGUUGUCCAUUGGCAGAUUUCGCUGCGAGAACAAAGAAGAAGGGAGAGGAAGCCGGGAACUUCAACGAGUUGUGUGGGCUGGACGAUGGGGCUGCGCAAUACAUCACUUUCUUGCAUCAAUGACAUGCGAAGCGUAGUGCGACAUAGCAUCCUUAGUGCUGUACAAGCA